AUGCAAAAAGAUAACGACCAAACCGGCGGCUUUCAAUAUGUUGAGCAACGUUCAACCAAGAAAAACAGGAAGCGUCGCAACAAUGGAAAAUACAAAGCAACUCUCGAUUUGGCCAAUCGAGCACCCCCCGAUUUAGGUCUGCAUCUCGACAACAGGAGGUCUGUGAUGGAAAAAUCCCGGUGGCUCAGUUCAUCCUCAACUUGGUUGACCCAGUGUUUGAACGAUGAGGAAGCCCCGCCUCCGCCCCGAAGAAUUUUGUGCUUGGCGUUAGGCUCAUUCUCACCGGAUACCGCCUCCCAGCACAUGUUGAGCCCAGGAGUUGCAUCUUGCACUGGGAUUCACGGCCAGAAACAGAGUCAAUACCAAUUGGUUUUCCUGUUGGAUGUGAUCCUGCCUAUCCUGUCUAAAGGGCGCCAAUCUAAUAAUUCUGACCUUCAAGGUCAAGAAUUUCAGAAUGAUUCCGCGAUGGAUUGGUCACACAAAUCAAACUUGAAGGUUUGUUUUUACGACCCCGCAUUUACCGAGAAAGAUAAGGAAAACCUGCGCAAGUUCGGUCAUGAUGUGCUGGAUGCCGAACCCAGCCUUUACUGUGAAGAACCUACCUUCUUCUACAUGCCACACGCGCCCAAGACCCUAUACGAACGUCUGGUUUGCGAAAAUAGCACACCAAAUCAUGGAGAUAACCUAAGCCGGAUCAUCCUGAUGGGAAACGACAUCAAAAGUUAUCAAAAAAUCAUGGUUCAAGAGGAGAAAGACACCAUCCCGGUCUUACUGGACCUUGAUCCGCUAACGAUUCACACGCGUUACCCACCUGAUCUGACAAAAUUGAACCAAGACACUGGAGUCCACUUCUUCAACGAGACGUGUUUUCAGUGGUUCACAAAACCUUAG